CGAGCCCGGGGACGCGCUGGCCGCGCCGGCGGUGGGACGCCUCUGUCCCUCUCCGGUCUUUUACUCCCGGCUCGGGGACGAGGAGGCCCCAGAAGAACCUUGGGAUGGACGAAGAGGGAGUGCGGCAGCCCUCCGGGCCACCCACGAGGAAGAAGUUCUUCAUACCACUGGAUGAGGAUGAGGCCCCUCCUGCGGGGUUCAAGCCCUUAUUCAAGUCCACGCGGAGCCUUCCCACCACGGAGACCUCAGCCCAGGCCGCCCCUCAGACCUACGCUGAGUAUGCCAUCUCGGGACCUCCAGGAGGGGCUGGGGCUCCACACCCCACGGGGCCAGAACCCCUGGCAGGAGAGACCCCCAACCAGGCCCCCAAAGCGGGGACGAAAUCCAGCAGCAUCAUUGUGAGCCCCCGGCAGAGGGGCAACCCCGUGCUGAAGUUUGUGCGUAACGUGCCCUGGGAGUUUGGCGACGUGCUUCCCGACUAUGUGCUGGGCCAGAGCACCUGUGCCCUGUUCCUCAGCCUCCGCUACCACAACCUCCACCCGGACUACAUCCACGGGCGGCUGCAGAGCCUGGGGAAGAGCUUCGCCCUGCGGGUCCUGCUCGUCCAGGUGGACGUGAAAGAUCCACAGCAGGCCCUCAAGGAGCUGGCUAAGAUGUGUAUCCUGGCUGACUGCACCCUGGUCCUUGCCUGGAGCCCUGAGGAGGCCGGGCGGUACCUGGAGACCUACAAGGCCUAUGAGCAGAAGCCGGCGGACCUCCUGAUGGAGAAGCUGGAACAGGACUUCGUCGCCCGGGUGACUGAAUGCCUGACCACCGUGAAGUCUGUCAAUAAAACCGACAGCCAGACCCUCCUAACUACUUUUGGGUCUCUGGAACAGCUCAUAGCUGCAUCCCGAGAAGAUCUGGCUUUGUGCCCGGGCCUGGGGCCCCAAAAGGCCCGGAGGCUGUUUGAUGUCCUACACGAGCCCUUCUUGAAAGUGCCCCGAUGACCCCAGCCGCCAGAGAGGCCCUCGUUGUAACAAUAAAGCAUUUUCCAGG